UGGAUAACUGUUGGACCUCCUCUUGAGAGCAAGAGGCGGCGUCGAUACAGUCAUCAAUGUAACAGAGGAAGAGCCGGGGGGUUUAUAGCCUGGUGUUGCGUGAUUUCCGACCUUGUCCAUCAUAAGUGCGGCCAUUUCAGCCUUGAGAGCUGCUGGGUUCUAGCAGUAGCAGGAUCAUCCAUUUCAUUUCACCAAGUAACAAGCUCAACAUCUCGCCUGCAAAAUUAAUAUGUCAGCUCUGUCAGCCUCUCCCAGCCUGGACUGAGGAACCGUUGUCUGAAAGUGAAAGUAUCGGUAACCAGAAUCGAAAUUCAACACAUUAGUUUUUGCCGCCGGGAUUCAAACAGUGACGGAUCAAACAGCCUUCACAAAGAAAAGGACAAGAGGACAUAGUGAAAUAGCUAUAAUGAAAUUCUCUGGGUUAUUAACUGUUCAGGUCUUCCAACUUGCCUCAGUGUUCCAUCUGUGUGUAGUGCAUGGAGGAGAAUUAUUUGCCAGACCAGAUACCAUCACAAAUGUCGCAGCAGGAGAGGAGGUACUGUUCCCUAUUCAGUCUCAAGGCAGAGAAGAUCAGUGCAACAUCACAUUCAAAUCAAGAUUUCCACAGACCUUUGAGAUUUUAGAACUGAAGUCAAAUAAUCCAGAGAAGCUUCACAUUGUGUACCCACUGUAUCAACACAGAGUUGGAAUCUACAGAAAUUCUGUCAUUUUAUAUGAUGUACAGGUUAAUGACAGUGGGGAAUAUGAAAUGCGCAUUGAUUGUGGAACAAAGUUGAAAAGACAUGACAGAAGUAGUUACAGGAAGCACGUUUUUGUAUAUCACUUGUUUGUGGUGUGUAAUGAUGCACUCCUGGCCAGACCUGACACCAUUACUAAUGCUAGAAAAGGGGCACAGGUUCGGUUCCCUAUGCAGCCCGAAGGCAAUGAUUCGUAUGAUGUAACAUUUGGAUUGAAACUUCCACGGGCUUUUAAGAUCUUAACAUGGAAAUCCAGUAAUCCAGAGAAACUGCACAUUGUGCACCCACUGUACCGACACAGAGUUGGAAUUCAGAGAGAUUAUGUGGUGCUGAAUGAUGUACAAGUGAUUGACACAGGUGUAUAUGAAAUAUAUGUUGACUAUUACGGAACAGUACUGAAAAACCGUGGUCACAGUAUGUUCACAUUACAUGUAAUUGAACCAGUUUCCCAUCCUAUGACAGCAAUUUAUGGUAACUGUGUGAAUUCAACAAAUAUCACCUUGGGCUGCUCUGUCUCCAAAGAAUCAAAUAUCACGAUUCACUGGGAGAAGGUGUCUGUUUCUGGAGUUCUCAGUGAGAUCUAUAACGGGAGCAUGCUUGUGGUAGACUGUGGAAAUGAAGAAGAACAAUAUGAAUACAGAUGCUUUGUAGAAAAUCCAGUUAGUAACGCAACCAGCAACCUAGUGACUAUUGGCCCAUAUUACAGGACCAAUACAAAAGGUCAAAGAACAUGUUUGAUCGUUCUGGUCCCUCUGGCGUUCAUUGUUGUAGUUUCUGCUAGUGUGUUCCUCUGGAGUAUAAAAAGAAAGCCAGAUUCUGAACAAGAAAUAGCAAUUGGAAAUUAAAGGUUGAUCGCAUAUCCCAUUGCUGGAAGGAUACCUGUAUUUGUUGUUGUUCAACACUAUCAAACAGGCCUGGAUUAACACUGUAGAACAUAGAACAGUACAGCACAGUACAGGCCCUUCGGCCCACAAUGUUGUGCCGAACUUUUACCCUAAACCUAAGGUCUAUCUAACGUCUACCCCUACGUUAUACUAUCAUCGAUAUGUCUAUCUAAUAGCUGCUUAAAUGCCCUAUGCAUUACUUUCUACCAUUGAAUACAUCACCUGGAGUUUUCAUUGUAAGGAUGAAGGCUCUAUUUUGUAAAAAUGAAUCUUCAGCACAAUUUUAAAAUUUGUUGCUAGAAUGAAACUUUUUUUUCUGAAAUUUUUUCCUUGACGUUUAUACUAAUUAUUGUCAAUAAGAAAUUUUGCGGAUUAAUAAAUAUACAUAAAUUUCUAGAUUUAAGACCAUCUUAAAACCACUGCCAUUUUUAUAUUAGAAUACUGUUUGAACACUGUGAAAUAUGUGUAUUGAAUGCAACCUUUUCUUACUUGUGCAGAUGAGAGAUUUGAGUUUUUUACGAUCUACAAUUUAACAACAUGAAUUUGUUCAAUAUUCAAAGGAAUAACAGGUCGAUCGUCUGUUUGUUUCCUUUAAUAAUUUGUGGGCAUUUGAUAAGACUUUUCAAAAUGAAGACAGUAGAUUUCCUGUGACUGUUACUGAAUAGCUUAGUGGGAUACUGACUAACUCAGACUAUAAUGUCCUCUGAUUCAAUACCAAAGCUGUGCAGAACCAGACUGGCAAUAAUGAGGUGACUACUGCAACCAAAGAUGGAAUAGAUAUUUUAAUACUUUAUUUGAUUGUCUGUGAUUUUUAAGUUUAAUUGUUUUGUAAUGUAAUUUUACAUUUUUUAUAAAUUAAUAGUUUUGUGAAAAUAUGACUUGGAAUUUUGGAUUUUAUGAAUUUUGUUUGUCAUGAACACGCUCUCAUACUAUAGUGUACAACUGUUCUAUCUUAAUGUGAGUGAAGGAGAGAGGGUGAGUGUGAGCGAGGAAGAAGAGAAAGAGUACAAGGGAAGGCUGAAGAGAGUUGUAGAAAGAGGAAGAGAAAGUGAGUAUGUGAGGGACGGGAAGAGAGUAUAAUGAGAGAAAAUAUGUAGAUUCCUAAUUAUUCCUAAUUAUGUUUCAAUUUUUCUCUUGCUCAUGGAACUAGUGGGCAAAUUUCAAUAAGGUUUAAGAAAAGGAGAUUUUGAGAAUGCAUGAACAAAUCCAAUCAACACAUUGACAAUUUAAAUGUGUAUUUAAAACAUAUGGCCAUUUGUGAGUAAAUCUUGUGACUGCGCAUUAAAUACACCUUUCCCUUCCCCUCCCCCAGUUCAGUCCUGGGUUCCUCCCUUUCCCCAAUGGCCAGGACUGUGUGCUUCAUCUCUGUCUCUGUAGAACUGCUUCUUAAGAGAAAAGGCAAAAUAACUAGUUAACUCUGAAGAAGGAUCCUGACCUGAAAUGCCAACUUUC